AUGCUGUCCGGUUCCCUGGCGGCGGCCGCGGAAUGCGAGGACGCGGAGCUGCGGUGCCGCGUGGCUGUGGAGGAGCUGAGCCCCGGAGGGCAGCCGCGAAGGCGCAAGGCCGUGCGCACCGCGGAGCUGAGUCUGGGUCGUAACGAGCGCCGCGAGCUGAUGCUGCGGCUGCAGGCGCCCGGGCCCGCGGAGCGGCCGCGCUGCUUCCCCCUGCGCGCGGCGCGCCUCUUCACGCGCUUCGCCGCCUCCGGACGCAGCACCCUGCGGCUCCCCGCCGACGGCUCGCCCCGAGCGGGCGCGGUGCAGCUGCUGCUCUCGGACUGCGCCCCGGACCGCCUGCGCCGCUUCCUGCGCCUGCUGCGACUCAAACUGGCCGCGGCCCCGGGCCCCGGGCCGUCCUCCGCCCGCACGCAGUUGCUCGGCCCGCGGCCCCGCGACUUCUUCACCAUCAGCCCCGUGCAGCCCGAAGAGCUGCGGCGCGCAGCGGCCUCCCGGGGCCGGGACGUGACGCCGGUGGAGCGGCCCACGGAGUCGCGGGUGGGGGCCGAGCCCAACACCGAAGCCCCAAGGUGGCCCCUGCCUGUGAAGAAGCUGAAUUUGGCCCCCGCCAAACCACAGCUUUCUGAGGAGCAGGCUGCAGUGCUGAGGGUCGUCCUGAAAGGCCAGAGCAUUUUCUUCACUGGGAGCGCAGGGACAGGGAAGUCUUACCUGCUGAAGCGUAUCCUGGGCUCACUGCCUCCCACAGGCACUGUGACCACUGCCAGCACGGGGGUGGCAGCCUGCCACAUCGGGGGUACCACCCUCCAUGCCUUUGCAGGCAUCGGCUCGGGUCAGGCCCCCCUGGCCCAGUGUGUGGCCCUGGCCCAGCGGCCAGGCGUGCGGCAGGGCUGGCUGAACUGCCAGCGGCUGGUCAUCGAUGAGAUCUCCAUGGUGGAGGCAGAGCUAUUUGACAAGCUAGAGGCCGUGGCCAGAACUGUCCGGCAGCAGAAUAAGCCAUUCGGAGGGAUCCAGCUCAUCAUCUGUGGGGACUUCCUGCAGCUGCCGCCUGUGACCAAGGGCUUCCAGCCCCCGCAGUUCUGCUUCCAGGCCAAGAGCUGGAGGAGGUGUGUCCCAGUGACCCUGGAGCUGACCCAGGUGUGGAGGCAGGCAGACCAGACCUUCGUCUCUCUGCUGCAGGCUGUGAGACUGGGCAGGUGCUCAAAUGAGGUGACCCGCCAGCUCCAGGCCACGGCCACCCACAAGGUGGGGCGAGACGGAAUUGUGGCCACCAGGCUCUGCACCCACCAGGAUGAUGUGGCUCUCACCAAUGAGAGGCGGCUGCGGGACCUGCCAGGUGAGGUACACAGCUUUGAGGCCAUGGACAGUGACCCUGAGCAAGCCCGGACUCUGGAUGCCCAGUGUCCCGUUAGCAAGCUCCUUCAGCUAAAGCUGGGGGCCCAGGUGAUGCUGGUGAAGAACUUAGCAGUGUCCCAGGGCCUGGUGAAUGGUGCCCGAGGGGUGGUAGUCGGCUUUGAGACUGAGGGGAGAGGGCUGCCCCAGGUACGGUUCCUAUGUGGAGUCACCGAGGUCAUCCGUGCGGAACGCUGGACGGUGCAGACCACUGGGGGCCGGCUCCUCAGCCGGCAGCAGCUGCCCCUCCAGCUGGCCUGGGCCAUGUCCAUCCACAAGAGCCAGGGCAUGACCCUGGAUUGCGUGGAGAUCUCCUUGGGCCGCGUGUUUGCCAGUGGCCAGGCCUACGUGGCCCUUUCCCGGGCCCGCAGCCUGCAGGGCCUGCGUGUGCUGGACUUUGACCCCAUGGUGGUUCGCUGUGACCCCCGUGUGCUCCGCUUCUAUGCCAGCCUGCGGCGGGGCAGUGGCCUCGGCCUGGAGACUCCACAUGAUGAUGAAGCAGCCUCGGACCAGGAGAAUGUGGAUCCAAACCUUUGA